AUGACCUUGAGGGUGGACCUGUGGGACAAUGAAGGGAAAACUGCGUAUGCCGAGUAUAAGGACUUCAGUCUGGGGAUUCCACAGUCGAAUUAUGAACUCCGUGUUGGGAGAUACUCAGGAACUGCAGGUGAUGCCAUCCGAGAUCCCAGUAGUGACCUCGUCUCCGGUCCCGAUCGUUAUGACGGCCAGAAUGGCUACGGCUUCAGCACAUCUGACAGAGACAACGACAGCUGCGGAUCGGACUGCACUGAGAUUAAGAGGCGCCUGCCAGAGUCACGCAGCGGAGUUUAUAUGAUCCAUCCUGCUGCAAGCAGAAUCCCCUUCAAGGUGUACUGUGAGAUGGGCGCCGAUGGCGGCUGGACGGUGAUUCAGAAACGCACUGGAGCUGCAGUUUCUUUUGAGCAAAACUGGGCUUCAUAUGAACACGGCUUUGGUCACCUGACGUGGGACCACUGGCUUGGUUUGAAUAAGAUUCGCUGGCUGACCCAGUCCAAGAGGAUGACCUUGAGGGUGGACCUGUGGGACCAUGAAAGGAAAACUGCGUAUGCCGAGUAUAAGGACUUCAAUCUGGGGAUUCCAGAGUCGCAUUAUGAAAUCCAUGUUGGGAGAUACUCAGGAACUGCAGGUGAUGCCAUCCGGGAUCCCAACCCUUAUGACGGCCAGAAUGGCUUAGGCUUCAGCACGUCCGACAGAGACAACGACAACUGUGACCUUUGCAUCUUCGAAUUUGACAUUGCUUUUCACAAAUGUACCGAUAUCUACGGCGGAGGGUGGUGGUUCAGCGGAUGUGGCUCCGCCAAUCUCAAUGGUCCUUACCCUCAUACUUCUAUGAAGAGGAGUCCCUACUGGAAAACCUGGAAGGGCUUUCACUUGCUCACGGCCACCAGAAUGAUGAUAAAAUCUGAGUGA